ACUUCCCUUCCUCUCUGUAACAGGAAGCACUUCCUCAGUGAUGAGGGACACUCAGCGGCGCAGUUUACUGCGCGUGUAGAGGUGACGUUUCAGUUCCUGUACAUUACUAAGAUAACAAGAUAAUGUUUUUAUAUCUUAAACCCAUUGUGAACAAAUCUUAGCAGCUGUUAGCUUCGUAAACUAGCAGUUAGCUUAGUUAGUUAGCAGUUAGCUUAGCUCGCUGGCAGGGUAACCACGGAAACACAGGCAGCGUUCAGGGACAGACUGUUGCUGAUGGUUCCGUCUCUUCCUUCAUUGAUCAGUAUUCUCACUUUGAGACGGUGAAUUCACAAACCCGUCACACCGACCGAUGCUUUUCACACAAUGGCUAAAACUCCUCCGUGUUCCUCCGACUCUCCUGCUGAAUGCUCUGAGAGCGUGGGGAGCAGCAGCAGGAGCGUGGAUGAUCCUCCUCCCUGUGGUUCAAAAUCAGGAUUCACUCAGAGGGAUUUUAUAAUGGUGCCUCCAGAGGAGAAGCUCAAGCACUUCGAUAGCCGAGCUCAAGCCCAUGAAGACAACCAGGAGUUUGACGCCUGCAUCCAGGACCUGGUGCAUUGUGUGGCUCUGACCAGGCUGGUUUAUGGGGAGGGACAUCUGAAAGUAGCCCAGGCCCACGCCAGACUGGCUAAAGCAUAUUUCCAGUUAAAAGGCUGGGGACUGCAGGCCCAAAAGCAUUCGGCCUUGGCCAGAGAGCUGCUGCCCGUCUGCUCCUCAAUCUCCUCCUGCAGAGGAGAAAAGCUCAGAUGUCUCCUGAGCAUUCACCUCACACAGGGAGGGGCUGCAUUGCUCGCGACCAAUCUCGAGGAGGCAGAAUCCUGUUUUCUGACGGCAGAACAAGUGCUUAAGGAUCUUCAUCAAUACACUGCCAUCAACCAGGAAGACGAGAUGAAGACUUCGCUGGAAAUCUCCACCAGUUUAUGCAGGGUUUAUAAGAGACAGAACCGACCAGAUGAGGCUUUAAACCAGUGUGAGAAGUCUCUGCAACUGCUGAAGGACUGUGAUAAGCCAGAUAAAACCUCCUCUGUAUACAGAGACAUGGCCGCCAUCGAACAGGACAAAGGUCAUAUUGACCAAGCCAUAGAGCACCUUUCCAAGGCUCAUGCCAUCGCUAUGAGACACAGCCCAGGGGAGUUAGAGGAGGCUCAGAUCUCCCACAGCCUGGCCCUCAUCCACUCUGCUGCAGCAGAGCCCCAUCACAAUGAAUCUGCAGGUCACUACUUUGAGCAGAGUCUCAGUGCAUACAAGAACUCUGUAGGUCCACAGGAUCCAGCCUUCCUCACUGCCCAGGAUGACUUCUGUCGUUUCCUCCUCCUCAAUGACCAGCAAAAGAGAUGUGUGGAGAUACAGCGAACCUCUCUCACUCCGAAGAGAUCUACGUUUGGAGGCCUGAGUGCUGAGGUAGCAGACACCCUUCAGCUAAUAGGAAGUGUGGAGAUGAGUGAGGGCAGGAUGAUGCAGGCUCACAGGACGAUGACAAAGUGCCUGGAGAUCCAGAAUUGGAUGUACGGGCCUCAGCACAAGAAGACAAAAACUACACAAAAAGCUGUGGACAUGCUGGCCCGGGCACCAGAGGUGGCUGAUAGACUACAGAGGCAAAAUAAAAGAAAAACAUAACUUUCCAAUUUUACCAUCAAGUGACAAUGAUUGAUACUCAAUAUUUGACCCACGAAAUUUUAUUUCAUCACUACAAUAACUUUGAGGAUUUACACAAAGAACUACUGACAUUCUAUUUGUUUUCCCAUAAACAUUGUGUCAUUAUUCAAGUAACGCUGCUGAAAAUCUGUUUGUAAUUUCUCUAUUUAUAAGUAUUUAGUAUCAUUCACACAGUUUAGUAGCGUGGAAGAAAAACGUACACUCACAAAACAUACCCACAAUAGCUUUUAAUCGUGUUAAGAAAUGAAUCAAUUACAAAGUUAUGGCUGGAACCAAUUUUAAACAAGCAUUAAUGUCAUUUGUUCAGGAGAAAUCAUCAGUUUGUCAAUAACAGCGAUGAUGUUGGGGUAUCCAUGGUGAACAUCUGAAAUAAACUGACUCAAACAUUCUUUACAGGUUUGUAAAGAUUUGUUUAUGCUCUGACAUGGCACAUGGUAUCCAGAUUACAAUGUGUACAGACAUACAGUAUACACUUACAAAAAUUCCUUGUUAAUAUUUUAAGUACAACAAUAUAAUAUGUAAGUUACUGUGAUCAGCAGAUGAUAAAAUCUUUGGAAAUCUCCUGUAUCUGGGCACUUUAAUGCAACAAAUUUUAAAUAGAAUUUCUUUUGUAGAGAUGUAUAUAAAAGCAUGGCAUUCACACUGAACAUUUUAUUUCCGCAUGUUAUUUUAACAUGAGAGUGAAAAAAAGCCAAUCUGUGAAGACAUUGCUCAGUGGUUGCAAGGUUUAAAUAAGAACAGCCAUGAAGACAACAUGUGUAAAACACUUAGACAGACUAUAAACAGACCGUUUCUGCCUCUGCAACAAGAACACAACACAACAAACCCCAGUGACGGCUCGGUGCCACUAAGCGGUCGAUCCAAAAAUAGUCACUGUCAUGAACACACUGCUAUGUCAGAGUAAAGGUGAAUCCCUCAAGCCAACGUUGUGAUAACAAACACAUGUGGACAAGCAAACGGUGUUGAGACAUGAAAUUAAAAUUAGACAUGACAUUAAAACUCAAUGUUAUUAUAUUGUCUUUCACAACACUUGCUGCAUCCUUUAAUCAUUAAGUUCCUGCUGCUUCUUUUCAUUUCGUCACCUUACUCUUUGCUUACUUUAAAUGGUGUAAUCCACCAUUUUUAAUUACUGACUCACAAAUCACAAUAUUGGAGCUAAAUAUUUGCAUUUGAGAAAUAAUAAAUGUUAUUGACACAUACCAUGAAAUAAACUUUAUAGAAACAUUUUUAUAUUGUUUACAUUGAUUAUGUAACCUGCAUUUCGUUAUUAGGUAAUAAAAUGGGCAGUUCUUAUUUU